AGUGUUUUGAACCGGUGACAUCACGUCCUGAUGGAGCUGUGUCCCGGGGAGGCUCCUCCCUGUCCCGGUGACAUCAGCCGGAGCUCGGCUGCCUUCCUCGGAGAGACCCGGUGGAUCCGCACUCACACAUCCAGCAGCUCCGGGAGAGCACGGCGGGGAGAACUCAGCUUUCUGGGGUUAUUACUGCUCCAUGCAUGGGACUAACACAGACUUCUUCUCCUCUCUCAGAGAUCAUGGGAGGCUUCUGACCUCUGACUCGCCUGCUAGCUGAAGGAUCUAGUAAAAACAGCCUGAAGACGCCGGUUGGUGCAAAGUGAAACAUGGCCGCCCAUCGGAUCAGAGCCACGGCCACCAACAACACGUCUCUCCCACGCUGCAGGUCUGAGGGGACGCUGAUCGACCUCAGCGAAGGAGUGUCAGAAGCCAGUCUGACGGACGUCAAAGUGCCUUCUCCCAGUGCCUUACGACUGGAUGCCACCGCCUCCUUCGGUGCUGCCAGAGAAGUCGUCGCCAUCAAGGACUACUGCCCAUCCAGCUUCACCACGCUCAAGUUCUCCAAAGGGGACCGCCUCUACGUUCUGGACUCGUCAGGCGGGGAGUGGUGGUACGCCCACAACAACACAGAGAUGGGUUACAUCCCUGCCGCUUACGUCGAGCCCAUCAACUACAGAGACUCGUCCUUCAGCGACAGCGGGAUGAUCGACACGCUGGGAGACUGCAACGAGGAGGCGGCCAAAGAAAUGGACCUUCUAGGAGAGUGGGCGGGAGUGAUCCUGAAGCCGACCACCUUCCAAAAUGGAAACCCUUUUGGGACAACUCAUACCUCGACUAAUCCUUUCCUAAACGGAGGACCCCAGAGCUCACUGGAUCAGAACAGCAAUGAGAAGUCAGUGGACCUCCUCCUGUUUGAUUCCCUCUCUCCAUCAGUGCCAAACUCCACCAGCAGCACCGCCGACAUCAAUGGUUUUGGUGGUGGUGGUGUUUUUAACUUGAACCCUCUAAGUCCGACUGUCAGUGUGGGGCAAACGUUACGCAGGGACAACCCGUUCUUUAGAAGCAAACGGUCCUACAGUCUGUCUGAGUUGUCCAUCCUGCAGGCUCAGUCCGACGCCCCUCAGACCUCCAGUUUCUUUGGAGGCCUGAAAGCUCCAGCACCGGAGCAGUUCCAGAGCCGAGAGGACUUCAGGACGGCAUGGCUCUCCCAUCGUAAGCUCGCCAGGUCCUGUCACGACCUGGACUCUCUGGGUCAGAAUCCAGGCUGGGGCCAAACGCAGCCGGUCGAGACCAACAUCGUGUGUCGGCUGGACAGCUCAGGGGGGGCCGUCCAGCUCCCGGACACCAACAUCAGCGUCCACAUCCCCGAGGGCCACGUGGCUUCAGGGGACACGCAACAGAUCUCAAUCAAGGCUCUGCUGGACCCGCCGCUGGAGCUGAACAACGACCGCUGCACCACCGUGAGCCCGGUGGUGGAGAUCAAACUCAGCAACAUGGAGACCAAAACCACCGUCACCCUGGAGAUGAAAGUGUCAGUGGUGGUGAAGAUGGAGAGCAGGCAGACCACUGAAGUCUUGUGCGUGAGGAGUGAUUGUAAAGAGGGACCUUACACACCUGUCCCUCAGGCGUACAUGUAUGGAGACACAGUCCAGGUGUGUCUGGAUAACCUGGAGCCGUGCAUGUACAUCUGCGUCGUGGCUCAGUCCCAGUCCUUGCCUCAUCAAUCCACAGUUUGGGAUCAGGUGGUUAAAAAGAUCACCUUAGGAGUGUAUGGUCCCAAACACAUUCACCCGUCCUUCAAGACCGUCGUGGCUCUGUUCGGUCACGAUUGUGCACCAAAGACUUUACUGGUGAGCGAGGUGGGCAAACAGGUGCAGUCCUCCCCGUCGGUGGUGCUGCAGCUUUGGGGUAAACACCAGUUUGUGUUGUCCAGACCGCAAGACCUCCGAGUCGAUGUUUACUCCAACAUGGCGAACUACGAGGUGAAGUCCAGCGACCAGGCCAAGGUGGUCCGAGGCUUCCAGGUCAAACUGGGGAAAGUGAGCCGCCUCGUCUACGUCAUGGCCUCACGCAACCCUGACGAUGUUUCUGACUUCACCUUAAGAAUGCAGAUCAAAGACGACCAUGAUUGUAUCCUGGCUCAGUUUUGCGUCCAGACGCCGCCGCCGCCUCCCAAAGCCGGUCCAAAGACGUCAGUGCAGCGGCGCUUCCUCAAGAAGAAGGAAGUCGGGAAGAUCGUCUUGUCUCCUCUCGCCAUCGCCACCAAAUAUCCUGUGUUUCAGGACAGGAGGAUAAAUAAUCUGAAGUUUGGAAAGUUAAUCAAAACGGUCAUCAGACAGACUAAGAACCAGUACCUGCUGGAGUACAAAAAAGGAGACUUUGUGGCUCUGCUGAGCGAGGAGAAGAUCAAGCUGAAGGGCCAGCUGUGGACUAAAGAAUGGUACAUUGGAUUCUAUCAGGGCAAAAUGGGAUUUGUUCAUGCAAAGAAUGUUCUGGUGGUCGGGAAGGUUAAACCCAUUUACUUCAACGGGCCGGACCUCACGACGUCUUUGUUACUGGAGCAGAUACUGAAGCCCUGCAAGUUCCUCACCUACAUCUACGCCUCGGUAAGAACGAUACUCAUGGAGAACAUCGGGAACUGGCGAGCGUUCGCAGACGCUCUGGGAUACGUUAACCUGCCGCUGACACACUUCUGUCGGGCGGAGCUGGACAGCGAGCCGGAGAGGGUGGCGUCUGUGCUGGAGAAGCUGAAGGAGGACUGCAACAACGCAGACAGCAAGGAGCGGAAGUCGUUCCAGAAAGAACUCCUGACGGCUCUGCUAAAGAUGGACUGUCAGGGACUCGUGGCGCGCCUCGUCAUGGACUUCGUGCUCCUCACCACGGCGGUGGAGGUGGCGGGGCGCUGGAGGGAGCUGGCUGAGAGGCUGGUGAAGGUUUCACGGCAGCAGAUGGACGCGUACGAGGCGCCGCAUCGAGACAAGAACGGAGUGGUGGACAGCGAGGCGAUGUGGAAGCCAGCGUACGACUUCCUGGUCACAUGGGCGGCUCAGAUCGGGGACAGCUACCGAGACGUGAUCCAGGAACUCCACCUGGGACUGGACAAGAUGAAGAACCCCAUCACCAAACGCUGGAAGCACCUGACCGGCACGCUCAUCCUCGUCAACUGCCUGGACGCUCUGCGGAGCUCCGCCUUCAGCCCCGCCUCUCAGGACGACUACGCCAUCUGACCCCUCCCCUUCUCCCCCCUCUCACCAGCUCACCUUGAAACAUUGGAGACGCUGCGGCUCAGACCGGCUGUCGGCUCCACUCAGACUCUUUUCAUAGUCCGGUCUGCAGAGAUGGUAUUUUUGUACUCUUGUUAUGACACAGCGUUUUAUAAAACUUCACUUUGGACUGUUUGGUUAAAAACUGUGGAUCCAACAAAGACACUUUUUAAAGAAGAGACACUUUUUAUGAAUAUCAUAUCCUCGUCACGUGUGUCAAAGCUGUUCUAUUUAUUUGUACAACAAAGAGAAAAGUCACUUCUUCUUCUUCAGGUUCUCUCACUGUGGUCCUUUUCAUUCAGAGAUCCAAAUGUUCUCUCAUCUUUAAAGGAUCAUUCUGGUAUUUUUAACUCUCCUCUCCACCUUUUUCAUAUGAAGCUUGGGGAUUUCAGAAAACAAAAACAAACAGAUCACAGGUGAGAAAAUACCAGAGUUAUCCUUUUAAGAGCUGCCAAGAAAACAGAACCGUUUCAUAAUCUUGCAGGUUUUCCUCGAGCUUUCUCUACUGGUGCCAAAAAGGAGUCCGUUAAUCAAAGAGGUCUGACAGAUUAUCGACAGAUCAAACAGUCCAAAAGAUUGAAUCAGUCAGUUAUUCCAGCGUCAUGUUUUCACAGAUUAUUGCUCUUUAGAUAACUCUGACUGACAAUGUUUCUGACUCCACAUCCUCUCUUCCUCUGGUUCUCUCAACAUCAUCACAUCGUCUUCAUCAGCAGAUCCGGUUUGCUCAUUUUAAAGGGAGCUUCUUUGGUGCCGAAAUGUUCCCCCAAAGUUCAGAGAUGCUACAUUUAAUGGAAAGUGGUCUCAAAAUAUUUGAUCCAGAUGUCUUCAGUCAGUUUUUUUCUGAUCUUGGCACCAAAAACUGCUUCUGUUUCUGCCACUACUAAUCUGAAAACAGGCAAAAAGGUGGAACUGAGGCCAUGUUAGCCACCUUUAAACUCCCAUACAUCCCCCAUAACACAAACACAGCCCUGAGGUUAAGUUCAGGGACUGAAUUAGCUGAGGGGACAUGAAGCAGUCAACUAUCAGCUCUCACCUGUCACUUAAAUAGGCCACACCCCCAAAAAUCAGCCCGUAUAGUCGUCAUAAAUCGAGAAAUAGGCUAAAGAGACUCAAACUGAUUUUGUACCAGGCUGUAAACAUUUUUAUUCCUGAUGUAACAUUUUAACAUGGGGCUCUAUGGGGACUGACUCACUUUUGAAGGCUGCCUCUAGUGGACACUUAAGGAAUUGAAGUUUUAGGGGCUUCAGCUGUGUUUUCAUUUCUUAUUGAAAAUAACAAACCCUCCAGUAAACACUAAAACAUCCCACAUUACACAAACACAGCUAAGAGGUUAAAUUUAGGGACUGAGUUAGCUGAGGGGACACCUAGCAGACAGCUAGCAGCUCCCACCUGUCACUCAAAGAGGCCACGCCCCUAAUAAUGCAAAACUUUAAACAAGUGAGUUAGACAUAAAUUCAGCCCGUACAGUCGUCUUGAUUAAAGGAAUGAGCUAUAGAGACCUUAACUUUUUCUGUACCAGGCUGUAAACAUGUUUAUUUCUACUGUAAAGUUUUAACAUGGGGCUCUAUGGGGACUGACUCACUUUAGGAUGCAGCCUCUAGUGGACACUGAAGGAACUGCAGUUUUUGGGGCCUUAGCUUUUUGGUUAUUUCUCAUUGAACAUAACAAACCAUCCAGUAAACAGUGGAAAAGGCCUUUUAGACUGAGUUCAGGGACUGAAUUAGCUGAGGUGACACCUAGCAGACAGCUAGCAGCUCCCACCUGUCACUCAAAGAGGCCACGCCCCUAAUUAUGCAAAACUUUAAACAAGUGAGUUAGACAUAAAUUCAGCCCGUACAGUCGUCUUGAUUAAAGGAAUGAGCUAUAGAGACCUUAACUUUUUCUGUACCAGGCUGUAAACAUGUUUAUUUCUGCUGUAAAGUUUUAACAUGGGGCUCUAUGGGGACUGACUCACUUUAGGAUGCAGCCUCUAGUGGACACUGAAGGAACUGCAGUUUUUGGGGCCUCAGCUUUUUGGUUGUUUCUCAUUGAAAAUAACAAACCAUCCAGUAAACAGUGGAAAAGGCCUGUUAGACUGAGUUCAGGGACUGAAUUAGCUGAGGUGACACCUAGCAGACAGCUAGCAGCUCCCACCUGUCACUCAAAGAAGCCACGCCCCUAAUUAUGCAAAACUUUAAACAAGUGAGUUAGACAUAAAUUCAGCCCGUACAGUCGUCUUGAAUAAAGGAAUGAGCUAUAGAGACCUUAACUUUUUCUGUACCAGGCUGUAAACAUGUUUAUUUCUGCUGUAAAGUUUUAACAUGGAGCUCUAUGGGGACUGACUCACUUUUGGAUGCAGCCUCUAGUGGACACUGAAGGAACUGCAGUUUUUGGGGCCUUAGCUUUUUGGUUAUUUCUCAUUGAACAUAACAAACCAUCCAGUAAACAGUGGAAAAGGCCUGUUAGACUGAGUUCAGGGACUGAAUUAGCUGAGGUGACACCUAGCAGCUCCCACCUGUCACUCAAAGAGGCCACGCCCCUAAUUAUGCAAAACUUUAAACAAGUGAGUUAGACAUAAAUUCAGCCCGUACAGUCGUCUUGAUUAAAGGAAUGAGCUAUAGAGACCUUAACUUUUUCUGUACCAGGCUGUAAACAUGUUUAUUUCUGCUGUAAAGUUUUAACAUGGAGCUCUAUGGGGACUGACUCACUUUUGGAGGCAGCCUCUAGUGGCCACAAGAGGAACUGCAGUUUUUUGCAUGCACCAUUUUUUAACACCACAAUCAGAUCUUAGUUUAUGUUUUAUUUCUUGACAUUUUCCACCAGGAGCACAACGGGAAAUCAUCUCAACAGGACCCUUUAAGACCCUGUUAGAGUCCCAGUGUUCCUAAAAUCUCACACUCAGUGACCAAAAUGUUUUAAGACGUGAGAAAGUGACAUUAUUUAAAAGUUAAAAGUCUUUAAAAAUUUCUUUAAGGGUGUGGUAGCCGUCAAACUCAAUCUGCUGAUGAGGAAGUUGUGAAAUGACUGACAGCCUCAGAGAGUUUAGAUCGUUCUGUCAGUGAUACAUCUACUGAUUGAUUGAUUCAAACAUUUGUUAUCUCCUCCUUAGAAACAAACCUCUCUCUUUCCUCUGCUUGUUUUUGUCCUGUUAAACUUCUGUCUACCAAAGUUUGCCAAAAGCCCUCUCAGAUCUUUCACCUUGCUCUUGUUUGACCACUGUUGAAGCUUCAGCUCGGGGUUCGUCUCAGUGCUGCAUACUGUAACCUGCUCCUAACACAUCCAGCAGUGAGUUUGAACCCUUCUUUGUGACUGCAUACUUUUUUGUGGAAGACUCUGAAUAAAUAAAAUGUAAAUAUUUGUACACUCA